AUGUCUAGUCUCAUCUCCGUUGAGAACCCUGAGAGUUUGCAAAUUUCCAUUCUCAUCGACCUUCUUCUCCCAUCCUCGGAGGAUACCACCAACGUAGCUAUUAUUAUUUGGAGAUUUCCGAGGCAUGCUAAUAAAGGUCCGGUCUAUAGCCCCGAGAGCCCUCGAUGGCUGAUCAGCAAGGGUCGCGAAGAGGAGGCCCGCCAGAUCCUUGUCAAGUACCACGGUAACGGGAAAGAUGAUGACGAGUUUGUUAGGUGGGAGUAUACCGAGAUUGUCAACACAAUCAGGCUUGAGCAUGAGGGCUCCAGUGAUGGCUGGGCUGAGCUUUGGCGUACUCCCGGUAACCGAAAACGAUGCGGCUUGAUCAUAGCCACUGCCAUCUUCUCCCAAUGCAGUGGCAAUGGACUUGUUUCAUACUAUGCAACCUACAUCAAUGGCGGACUCACAAUGUGGUGCUGGCUCAUUGCUCUUUUCGCUGCCUUUUUCGUCGAUCGCGUCGGACGGCGAGUUCUAUUCCUAUUCGCAGGCGUUGGCAUGUUGAUUUCAUUCAUUAUAUGGACCGCAUGCAGUGCAGUCUAUGCCAAGACCGAGUCCUCCGCUGCUGGUAUUGCCGUGGUGGCUAUGAUCUUCCUAUUCUACGGAGUUGCGGGUGCCGCAUGGCCUGGUCUGACCGUAUCCUACACCGUUGAGAUUCUACCCUACAACAUCCGAGCCAAGGGUCUGACACUCUGCUUCUGUUUCACUGCUCUGUCUGGUGUUUUCAACCAAUGGGUCAACCCACUUGGUCUCCAGCAGUUGGCGUGGAAGUUCUACUUUGUCUACAUCGUUAUCCUGGUCAUCGAAUGUUUGGUCAUUUACUUUUUCUUCGUCGAGACAAAGGGCCCCACUCUUGAGGAGAUCGCCGUGUUGUUCGACGGAGAAGAUGCAGCUGCUGGUAUUACUAAGACUCAAGCUCGGAUGAAGAGUGAAGUGAGCCAAGUUGAACAUGCUUAG